UGGGCGAAAACUAUGGAAAAAAAAAGAAUCAAAAAUCAAGCCCGUAGAAAUAAAUGAGUUUGCUCUACCUACCCUAGGGUAGGUAUACAACCGUCGUAAGGUAACAAGAGUAAAUAGGAAUGAUUGGUCGGGGGCAUCACGUGACACAGCAGGGCGGCAUUUUUCCCUUCCCCGAGCAUCACCAAGAGGACCAUCCGAUCGAAUCCCCAGCGAACAACCCCAGCCAUUCGCCGGCACAAGCGUCAUCCAAGAUGCAGAAGGUUAUUCGACGGACAGCCCUGGCCAGGAAUCAGGCCCAGCGGAAAGCAAUCCGAGCGGCCAAGGAUGCCCAACGCGAGGAAUUAAAGGACACCCUCCGCCAGCGCUUUGCCUUCAACCGCAUGGAAAUCGACAAUAUCCGCGCCGAGAGACAACGGCGUCGGGAGGAUUGGAUGCGAGGCCCUCUGGCGCCUCAACGGGAUGCCGGAUUCGACGGCAAAAGCUUUGGUGCCCUGAGUCCGCAGGCCAUGAACCCACCGGCGAUUCCGAAGCAUCUGCGGAGGAAGUACAUUAACUUUGCUCCGGGUGAUCGUGUGUGUAUUAUGAAGGGGAAGGACAAGGGGAAUAUCAACGAGGUGAUUCGUGUAGAUGCUUCGAAUGAGACUGUCAUGGUGAAGGAUCUUAAUAUGGCCGACGUGCAUUUCCCUGAAUGGCUUAGUGAACAAUACGGAAACAAAAACCCCUUCCAAACCGUCAACCUACCCAUUCCCAUGGACGACGUUCGCCUCGUCGUUGCUCUCGAUGACCCUACCACCGGACUCACCCGAGACGUCCUCGUCGAACAUGUGUACGGCGGGGAACCUAUCCUCGAACGCGAACAGGGCGUAGACAUCCCCCGACAUACCCGAUACAUCGCCGGCGAGAACAUCGAAAUCCCCUGGCCCCGCAGCGAACCGCCCACAUUCAAAGACGAGGCCUGGGACACGCUCCGCAUGGAGGUGGAAACGCCGACCUGGCUCCCGUCGCUACAGUCCGCGCCCUUCCCUGCCAGCGUGCUUGACGAGCUGCGCAACAAGUUCUCCAAGUACCGCACAAGGCACGACCCGGAGUGGGUUGAACAGAAGAGGAUGGAAGAUCUAAGGCGCGAGUAUCUUCAAAGCAGGUCUUUGUUGACGCCCAAGGGUGAGCUGAUGGCCAUGAUCCAGGCGAAGAAGCAGGAGCGGCUCGAGACCCAGCGGGACGAGAACGGCAAUAUGAUCAUGGACGACCAAACUGCCGGGUUUAUCGAGAGCUUUAUGAAGGAGAAGAAUGCGGCCGCGACCAAGUCGAAGUAAAUUCCACACGACUGGGUCCCUUUCUUCCCCGUUCCUGUUCCUGUUCCUGAUCUGAUCUGAUCUUUUUUUUUUUUUUUUUUUUUUUUUU